UGCUGGCAAUGGAAGCGCUGCAUAGACAGGUUCUGCCCUUCUUAUUGAGGAGAAUGAAGGAUGAUGUGCUUCAAGAUCUGCCACCCAAGAUCAUACAAGAUUACUACUGCAACCUCAGUCCUCUACAGGUUCAACUGUAUGAAGACUUUGCAAAAUCUCGCGCAAAGGUGAACGUGGAUGACGUUAUUUCCACAGCGUCUAUGCAAGAGGAGGAAGAGAAACCCAAAUUAAAGGCCACCGGACACGUCUUUCAGGCUCUGCAGUAUCUGAGGAAGCUGUGUAAUCACCCAGCACUGGUGCUGACCCCUCAACACCCGGAGUACAAACACAUCACAGACCAGCUGAGCAGCCAACACUCUAGCCUCCGAGACAUUCAGCACGCCCCAAAACUCUCAGCCCUCAAACAGUUUAAGUAA